AUUUUGCAGGUAUCAGAUGCCAGAUUUGAUGAAAUUCAAAUUCUAGUUAGCAGCUCGUUCCAUGUUAAAUACAAACAUAUUAUUGAAAGUCUUCCCCUAUAUACUGCAUUCGUAUUCUUCAUGAUUAGUCUUUUAGAUGUUGGUUUCAUAUUUGCCUACGUAGCUCUCUUUUUUGGAAAUGAAAUGGAUAACAGCAGAUCGCAGAAUACUUCGGCAGCCUUAUAUUUCAGUAUAGCUAUAAUAGUUAUUUUCUGCAUAUUUAUCGGAAGAUCGUUGGGCAAGAACAAGAAAUCGAAAGGAAAUGUGUACACUUUGAUAGAAAAGUCGAUAAAGAAGUUGAACAUGGAGCUUUGGUUGAGAAUUAACAAAGAAACCAUAAGAGCAGACAAAUACUUUGUAUGUUUUCGAGACGGUUAUUUGGACAUUGUACGCUUUGAUCCAAAGCCAUGUCAGGGUGUGUUUGAACGAAGAUGUCGGAAUCUCAAAUCCCUUACUAAGCUCGUGACUCCCGGAGAGGGAGAAACAGACAUUGAAUAUACAGAGCGGCUAUUUGAAUCGUACUUAAAACAGAACUAUACCAGGUUGACAGUCCCAAGUAAUGUUUACGGCGCUCACGAAAUGAAAAAUGGGGCAUCGUGUCUUUGUACGUUAUUGGAGAAUGAUAUUUUGAAAGAGGAUCAGUAUCAAUUGACCUAAGUAUAUUCAAACGAAACUAUUUGAGUUUCAAUAUUCCAUGUAGAUCUAUAUGUGAAAUAUGAAACUUAUUACAAAUAUUAUACAUCAAGAUAUACAAAGUUAAACAUGUGUCAAACAAUCAAGUUAUAUAUGUAUCUUGCAAUCAAGUUAGACAUGUGCUAUACAAUCAAGUUAUGCAUGUGUAAUACAAUCAAGUAAUACAUAUAUUAUACAAUAAAAUUACACAUGUGAUAUACAUUAAGUUAUACAUGUAUUAUACAAUCAAGAUAUUCAUGUGCAUGAGUUGUUAUACAAUAAGUUGUUAAGCAAUCAAGUCAUUCAUGUGUUAUACAAUCAAGUUUUACAUGUUUUAUACAAUGAAGUUAUUCAUGUACAUGUGUUAUACAAUAAGUUAUACGUGUGUUAUGCAAUCAAGUUAUUCAUUUGUUAUACAAUCAAGUUAUACAUGUGUUUUACAAUCAAGUUAUAAAUGUGUUAUACAAUCAAGUUAUAAAUGUGCAUGUUUUGUACAAUAAGUUACAAUUGUGUUCUACAAUCAUGUGCAUGUGUUAUACAAUAAGUUAUACAUGUGUUAUGCAAUCAAGUUAUUAAUGUGUUAUACAAUCAAGCACGGAUUUAUAUUCCGUGAAUCAAGUUAUAAAUGUGCAUGUGUUGUACAACAAGUUACACAUGCGUUAUAAAAUCAAGUUAUUCAUGUGCAUGUGUUAUACAAUAAGUUAAACAUGUGUUAUACAAUCAAGUUAUGCAUGUGCAUGUGACAAGCAAGUGUAUGUGGUGACAUGAUGUGUCGACAUAUAAAUAAUUUUGUGCAUAAAACAUAGAAAUGAUCCCCUCACAGACACUGUAAAACCAUACUAUUUUCGUCCGAAAAAUGCAAAUGUUAUUAUUUGAUUUCAAUUUUACAGGACAAAUUAUUUUUAUCAUUUCCUAUUAGGAAAAGCAAAU